AUGAAAUUAUGCAGAGCUGUUUUUAUCCUCCUCGUAGCGUGUGCCCUUCAUUCGGUUACAUGCCUAUCGGAGGAAGAUGAGGCUGUGGGAGCAGUUGAAACAGCGCAAGGGGAAGGCAUCGAAGUACUCAUCCACGGGAAGAACAUAAGUGGUAAAACAAUCAAUGUGGAGAGGGAUGUCCCAAAUGGAGGAAAGGGGAUAGGCGAGGAGGAACUGAAGAAAGCCAAGGAAGACGUACAAAAGGCUAAGGAGCUCGCUGACAAAUGUGAAGAGAAGAAGAGGGAAACGCUGAUGGCAGCUCAGAUUGCGCAGAAGAACCUAAAGGAGUGUACCCAUAAUAGCGGGAUAAACCUCAGCCAGUGCAGAACACAGGUAAGUGAUAGAGAAAAACACCUGUAUGUUUGCAGGGAAAACGAAGACAAGUGUUAUGAGAAAAUAAAAGAUAUAGGCAGGGAAUACGAGCAAAAUGUAAGUAGGAAGGAAAAGGAAGCAGCAGAGCUGAGGGAUAAGGUACUGAAGCUAGAAAGGACACUAGAAGAGAUGGAGUUGAAAUUAAAGAUGGAAAGUUACGGAGGUGCUGGUAGAAGUAACAAGGAGGACAAGGACAGCGACUACUUAAUUUCAUUUCCUAUGGUGCAAAGUUAUUUCAUGAAGGUAUUAAAAAUCUACAAGACAUUUUAUAUAAUAGGGUUCGAACAGACUAACAUGUCUAGGUUCCUAUCCCAGAUAGUUCUCCAUAAGGAUGCCCUGGUGACACAUCUCAAGCUUUAUGGAAAACAUACAAUGGAGAAACUGCAUGAAUACAAGGCCUUCAUCAGCGAAUGUGAUUGGAUAAUUCGACUUUUAAGUUUUUAUGAAAAUUCAUCAUUGAGUGCGUAUGUACAGUUGAUUAAAGGGAAGGUUGCAAACUUUGCCUUUAUGGCAAGACGGUUGUUCCUCCAAAAAGUGGUGUACCCCGUCAGUCGAAAUCUCUACCCGAAGAUGACGCAAUCGAUGAGAAAUAAAUACAUGAACAUUAAUUGGGACCACUUCUUGCAUAAACUACACAACAAUUCUGAAAUCCUAGUGGUGAAGCUAAAUUCUAUAAACCCAGAAUUGCAAGGAAUUAUUUCUCCCCGUUUGGAAGAUCAGUUGAUUUUGCUUAUUUUCUUUAUGGCGGUAAAUAUUAUUCACUUGUAUUUAUUUUUUUAUUUCCUGUUCAUCUUGAUUAAGCUAUCGAAAAGGGUGAGUAUGUGCUUGUUCAUGUGGAGUUACUUCUGCUUGUCGGUUGCUUAUCGGUGCACCAUCUUUGUGCUGACAUUGCCAAUACGGCCAUGCAUAAGGAAGAGGGACAAACGCAGUAGGAAGGUUUAUCGCAGGCACGAUGAAAGAACCUGCGCGAACCCGGAACGUGUCUCGUACCUACAGCAGGAAAUUAAGAAAAUGCACAAGGGACACAAGGUUCACCAACGGAGGGGGUGA